UGGAGGAUGUAAAUGAAAAUAUUCAAAGAUUUUCACGGAAAUGAAAAGCAAUGACUAUGAAAAGAAAUACUCAUAUAUUUGAUUUGUACUGGGAAGAUAUAUUAGUGGCCAAAGUAAUACCAUUUUUGACUAUCCGUGAAUGUUUUAAUUUUCGUUGUGUUUCGCGAACUUGUCUUCAAAUAAUAGAUAUGUAUUUUGCAAAGUUGAAAUCAUUAAAACUAAUGAAUAAAGGCUUCUCCCCGCACACGUUCAAUGUUUUUGCUAACACUUGUACGCGCUUAAAUUUAUUGAAUUUGAGUCGAUGUCACUCGAUAAGCGACAAUGAAUUGAUCCCGAUGUUGCGUAAAAACCACGAUAUAGAAAGUUUGAAUCUAAGUCAGUGCAAGAAUUUGUCUGCAAAAUGCUUGCAGCCUGUUAUUCUACAUUGCAAUAAUUUAAGAAUACUGAAACUUGCGCGAUGUUCGUGGUUGACUACAGGAGCUAUAGAAGCGUUGGCUCUCCAUCAAAGUAAACUAGAGGAUGUCGACUUGGCUUUCUGUAUUGCCAUAUCGGAGAGCUGCAUUUUAAUUUUUAUAAAGAAGUUCCGAGAGAUAAAGACUCUGAACUUGGAAGGCAACAAGCAGGUGACAGACAAAUGCCUGUACACUAUAUCAAAGUACAGCAAGUCUCUGAAGCUUCUAAAUUUAGGAGGUUGUUGUGAAAUAACUGAUAAAGGAGUGAGAGCACUGGCACUCCACUGCCCCAAGCUAGAAGGCCUUCUAAUCCGCGGCUGCACCAAAGUGACAGAGAACAGUCUCCGACUGAUGAGAAACAAGGUCCACUUGGACAGAAGACCAGUGGAUCCGGUGCCUGUGCCAAUUUAUGUGCAAAUUUAAAAAAAGAAACAUGUAAUGGUUGUGCUGAAAAAGUUGUUGGUAUUUUGAUGGUAAUUUUAGAAUAUAAAUGAAUAGUAUAAGUGGGAAUAGCCAGUUUCAGGUCAAACAAAAUCCAAUAGGAAAGUCUAUUUAAAUUAAUUCUUUAAAAUACCUAAAGAACAUCACAUGUUUAUACAUAAUUUG